GACCGACAAAGGCGACAUAAAAAACUCCACAGCCCCCACAUUCAUCCUCUUUUGCUGUAUAUAUAUAGACACAUUUCAUUUCUCCAAGUUCAUUUACAUUGGAUGGUGCUAUAUUUUUGGUGUCCAAUUCAUUACAACAAAAAAACAAAAGAAACUCUUGCUACAUUUUCUCUUCCUCUGUUUUCUCCGUCUGCUUUUUUCCCCUGUUUUUUUCUCUGCCUCUCUGUCCAAUUCAUAAUCCCGCAUCUUCUGCAAAAGCAAACGAAUACCACCGCCCUGAAAACAAAUUAAUACAGAACCCCGAAUUUAAUCAUCAACCUUAAACAAUCAAAUCAAUCGAAAAGAAUUUACAAAAAAAAAAGGGAAAAAUGCAGAGGUUUGGGAUAUUAAGGAAGGCAGAGUAUUUGCAGGGGAAGAAGUUACAUGGCUGUUUGCGGCGAUGUUAUUCUGGGUUGCCUCAAACGGCGGAAGAACCAGCACCGGCGGUUCCUAGAAUGCCGCCGUUCGAUUACUCGCCGCCGGCGUACACGGGGCCCUCGGUGGAUGAUAUCUACAAGAAGAGGAAAGAGUUCCUCAGCCCUUCCAUGUUCUACUUCUACAAGAAACCCUUGAACAUCGUACAUGGAAAGAUGCAGUACUUGUACGAUGAAACUGGUCGCAGGUACCUUGAUUCCUUCGGCGGAAUCGCCACCGUUUCUUGUGGGCACUGCCACCCUGAAAUUGUUCAAGCUAUUGUUAACCAGACCAACUCAUUACAGCAUUCUACUAUCUUAUACUUCAAUCCCGCCAUUGCUGAAUUUGGUGAGGCUUUAGCUUCUAAGUUACCUGGUGACUUAAAGGUUGUCUUCUUCACGAAUUCUGGAACUGAAGCGAAUGAAUUGGCGAUUAUGAUGGCGCGUUUGUACACUGGCUCUCAUGAUAUUAUAUCACUCAGGAAUUCUUACCAUGGUAAUGCUGCCGCAACCAUGGGUGCUACUGCCCAGUGUAACUGGAAAUUCAAUGUGAUUCAGAAUGGAGUUCACCAUGCCCUGAAUCCUGAUCCAUACAGGGGCGUAUUUGGUUCAGAUGGCAAGAUGUAUGCUAAAGAUGUUCAAGAUUUAAUCCAGUUUUCGACUUGUGGCAAGGUUGCUGCUUUUAUUUCAGAGGCUAUACAGGGGGUAGGUGGAAUAGUUGAUUUAGCUCCGGGUUAUUUGCCUGCUGUGUAUAAAAGCAUCAAGGAAGCCGGCGGCGUUUGCAUUGCUGAUGAGGUUCAGGCUGGAUUCGGGCGCACUGGAAGCCACUUUUGGGGAUUCCAGGGCCAGGGUGUUGUGCCUGACAUAGUGACAAUGGCAAAGGGAAUUGGAAACGGGGUUCCUUUGGGAGCGGUAGUUACAACUCCUGAGAUUGCCGAGGUUUUGACUCGCCGAAGCUACUUCAACACAUUCGGAGGUAACCCUGUCUGUACUGCAGCUGGACAUGCUGUUCUGAGAGUGAUUGAGAAGGAAAAACUCCAGGAGAAUGCACAUGUAGUUGGUUCUUACCUUAAAGACCGCCUCACUGCCCUCAAAGAUAAACAUGAAAUUAUUGGUGAUGUCAGAGGAAGAGGCCUGAUGCUUGGUGUUGAACUUGUCACGGAUCGUGAACAAAAAACACCGGCUAAAGCUGAAAUUCUACAUUUGAUGGACCAAAUUAAAGGUAUAUGUAACAACUUUACUCUGCUGUAUGAAUGGUUUGCUAAACUAAUCACGUUCAGAGCGACGAACUAACUUGUAUUUGGUAUACCUGUGAACCAGAUUUGGGAGUUCUGAUUGGAAAAGGUGGAUUCUAUGGAAAUGUUUUCAGAAUUACCCCUCCCUUGUGCUUCACUAAAGAAGAUGCUGAUUUUCUUGUGGACGUAAUGGAUCAUUCAAUGUCAAGGCUGUGAUCACAAAAUUUGUCCAUAAACAUCAAUUCAAAGGAUUCGGGUCUCCUAUGGAGCUUAGCUGAACCCUCCAUUAGUCAUUGGUUUCAGCCUGUAUGAUUUGGCUAAAAUUGAAUGCAUCAAUCUAUCUUACUUGUCAAUCAAACUUCAAAUCUUUUUAUUGAUUAAUACCUUUUGUGAAUCCAAAUGAUGAUAGCAUGUAAUCGAUGACAGAAUGAGUCAACAUCUUGUUGACUCUGAAUCUCUCUUGUGCUGUGUUUUCCUUUUUCCAUUCAAGCAAAUGGUGC